CAUGACGCACGACGUCAAGUGGUCAUGUGACCGGUAUUGCGCGGAAGCGGAGUCCAUCAGAAGAAUCCUCCCGAGAUGAAUCGAGCAUUUAUCAACACGGUGUUUGCGCUUUUAGGCCUUUUAUCAGGGGUUUUGGGUGACAGUUUGACUGUUUUACGCAGCCCGCAGUACGUCACCUUCCGGGAUGGACAGUGGCCCAUAUCGGGAGAAAAGAUCCCUGAUCUAGUCGCCCUGACCAUGGGUUUCUCCAUCCAUGAGGAUCUUGAUUGGCCAGGUCUGGCUGCCGGUUCGCUGUUCCAACGCCCGCGUGCAAACGCUCUGAUCGUCGUGCGUGGCUUGGACAGCCUCGACUUUCCGAAAAAUAUUUCCUCUUACCCUCUUGAAAACCCGGUUCCGUUCACCCUGGACAGUGUGGCAAACACGGUGCAUACUCUGUUUGCUGACAGCACCCCUGUGGUCUUGCAGCUCGCCCCAAGUGAGGAGAGGCUGUAUAUGAUGGGAAUGGCCAACACAGUGUUUGAGGACCUGCCCGUGACCCUGCAACAGAUCCGUGGACGUCUGUCCCAGGACGGAUCCGUCCUCACGUCCCUUCCUCUCGUCUCUCUCAGUCGUAAUAACGAGGCUGAUCUUCUGUUCCUCUCUGAGGUUCAGGUGUUGUACGACAUCUCGGCUCUGUUGCAGAAACACAAGCAUCUGGCUAAAGACCCGGCUCCUGACCUGUACUCUCUAGAGCUCGCAGGGUUGGAGGAGAUCGUCCGCCGCUACGGCACAGACUCCCCUCAGUUCACCGACGCUACCAGAAUCCUGACGUCUACUCUGCAGAAGGUAACGAGCCUGUGUGCAGUAGAUAGUGUUCAUUUUAUCAGCUAUUUUUUAUUUAGUCUCAGUCUUAGUUCUGUCAAAUUUUAA